UCCACCCGGAGUUAUUUUCGUGGUACACAAUUUGUGGAGAGCGGGGAAAGGGACAGCAGACGUCUGACUUCGGAGAUGCUUCUUAGACAUUUAAGUGCACUUUUAUUGAAACGGUAGUAGUGCUCAAUUCGUGCAUAUCGACUCAUUAACCGGGUAAGUUCACAAUGGCUUCCGCAGCCACUGAUGUCCCGGCCGCCGCGGACAUCUUGGAGGAGACGAGGCUGCAGUUGUGUGAUGAGUUUGCGUCCAUCACCGGGACAGACGGCGCGGUGGCGCAGUGCUAUCUGGCUGAAAAUGAUUGGGACAUGGAGAGAGCUGUGAACUCGUACUUCGAGGCAGACAUGGAGUCAGCAUUCGAUGUACAGUUUGUCGAAGAGACGAGAAAAGAGAACGCCAGCACCGAAGCAAAAAGAAAAACUUCAGUGGAUUCAGAGAAUAACCCAGAAACCAGCAAAAAGCGGUUAAAAACAGAAAACACUGAUUGUAUAGACUUGACCAGUGAGGAGCCCAGCAGCUCCGGAGGCGCAGUGCCAGCAUCAGCAGAGAGUAAAACACACACUCAGCCAGCAGAGGAGCCGGAGGCAGACGGCAAGCUGUCUCUGCUCACGUGGAACGUGGACGGCCUGGACACUCUGAACCUGGGGGAACGCGCCAGAGGCCUCUGCUCUUACCUGGCACUGUACACGCCAGACGUGGUGUUUCUUCAGGAGUUGGUUCCAAUGUACAUCCAGUACAUCAAGAAGAGAGCCGUCAGCUACACCAUCAUCGAGGGUGGAGAAGAAGGCUACUUCACAGGUGUGAUGCUAAAGAAGUCCCGAGUGAAGUUCCUGAAGAGUGAGGUCAUCCCCUACCCCAUGACCCAGAUGAUGCGGAACCUGUUGGUGGUGCAGGUCAACUUCCAGGGCCAGGAGCUCUGUCUGAUGACGUCACACUUUGAGAGCUGCAAGAACCAAUCGGUGGAGCGCAUGAACCAGCUGAAGCUGAUGUUCCAGAAGAUGAAGAAUGUUCCGGAAAAGACCACCGUUAUCUUCGGCGGCGACACCAACCUCAGGGACGCUGAGGUGGCCAAGGUGGGCGGUCUCCCUGUGGGUGUGUGUGACGUGUGGGAGAGCUUGGGCAAGGAGGAGCACUGUCGCUACACGUGGGACACCAAGGCCAACAGCAACAAGAACGUCCCCUACGUCAGCCGCUGCCGCUUCGACCGCGUCUACCUGCGGCCUGCCUGCCUGGGCCCCAAGAUGGCCGCCGAGCGCAUGCUCCUGAUGGGGCAGGAGAAGCUGGACUGCGGACGCUACGCCAGCGACCACUGGGGCAUCUACUGCACCUUCCACUCCUGAGCAGCGACCACUGGGGCAUCUACUGCACCUUCCACUCCUGAGCAGCGACCACUGGGGCAUCUACUGCACCUUCCACUCCGGAGACGGCACUUUACCGUGUGUGUGUGUGUGUGUGGACUUAUGUACUUAUCAAUCAAGACACCAUCCGCUUCAUGUCUGCUUCUGGGGCUCAGGCUGUGGACGGUGAGCGAAGCCUCAAGCACUGGAAAGAAGACGGCUUUGUGGAAACUACCCUCGGCGCAAUCUCAGUUCUUUUUAAAGCCUUACUGGUUGAGUGUGUUUUAGGAGAUGUGACUGAAUUCUUGUUUUAGGUAUAGAAAUAAAUAAUUACAUUUAAUCUGUCAAAAUAAAGACUGCCCAAGCUUUCCAAAUGAA